UACAAGCUCGCACGGAUACACGGAUACGUACGUGCGUGAAAAUGAAGUGUCUCGGGAGUGUUUUACUGACUUUAAUUAUACCAAUAUUAAUAUUGAACUCUAUAAUUGUGAAUGGAGAGGACGAUAACCAUUAUAAGAAAGAUAAACAGAAAAAUGACCAACUGUCCGUGAACCAGAACUCCAACGAAAACCUGAACCUGAAACAGCUGGAGAAACAACUGCAGAUUCUAACUGAAAAAAUGGAAAUCAUGAACGAUAUCCACAAGACCGAAAUCGCCGACCUGAAACACGAACUAGGGAAUGUCCGCAACAUCGCCGUGGACCAUUCCCUAGAUAGUUUCCACUCGAUGGAAGACGACACUAUGGAUUGGGCCAAGAAAUCGAUUCUGGAACUACGAAAAUGGAUGAAGGAAAUGGGAAAGACCUUAAACAGCACAGCCGUGGUUCGACAGCUGCACGCCAUCCGCGCCGAGCUAAAAGAGGCGUUAACAGAGGCGUCGGACCUGUCGCAGCUCGCGCGUAACCACGAGGUGCGGUUGGACAAGAUGGACGGCGACGUCAGCAAGCUCAAGUACGAUGCCCAGCAGACCAGGAACCUGGUCACUGAACUGCGGGGGCACAUCCUCAAGCUUGCUAACGAGGUAAAGACGAAACGAGAAGGCGAGGAGUGGAGCCCGGAGAGAUCCAAUGAGAUCGAGGAGCACCGGCCAAACGAGCACCCGCAGAUGCACAAACUACGUCAUAACCGCAUGAUGCACUCGCAACUGUCCCACCUGACGCACUCUCACGCCCGGCUCGAGGAACAACAGCAGAAUCUACAAGCGCAACUCACAGACCUCCAACACCGCCUCGACUCCUACCAACAACCCAAUUGGAACCUUCUCUCCGCCAAAGUCGAUCUUAUAGAACUAGAAGCGAGCGUAAUCCGCAAAGAAGUCAAAAACAACACGCAAAAGAUGUCCGACUUUGAUAAGGUCCACUCUUCCAUCCUGGAACUUCGCGAAGAAAUUGAAAACAUUGAGAACAAAGCUGACAAGACUAUCCCUGAAUUCAGGAAGGAGAUAUCCAAGUUAGACAUCAGUUUUGCGCAGCUGAACGCUCAAUCCUCGUACCUGAAAGAGGACCAGGAGAACUUGCGUCAGUCGGUGAAGGCAAUCGCAGUGAGCGUCAGCAAUGCGAUCGACCGCGCCGAGAUGGACCGCGUUGACCUGCACCGCCUCAACGACUCACUCUUCGACCUGGAGUCACGCUCCAAGCAGCACUAUUACCGGCUUAAUGAUCAUAUCCUCAAGAGCGAGGCCAACCGCGACGCGAACCUGACGGAGUCGAUCCCGCUGCCGGAGCUGAUGGGCGAGGUGAAGGAGCUGCAGCCAGUGGAGCGCGAGUACGAGGAUCUGGUCAGCCAACUGCCUCACGACUGCUCUGCCAUCCCCGGCCCGCCCGGCGUCUACCUUAUUCACCCCGGACACAACCCCCUCGACACCUGGUGCGCCAACCGCACCACCCUCCUCCAACGACGAUUCAACGGCUCUAUAGAGUUUAAUCGCAAGUUCAACGAGUACGUUCGCGGAUUUGGCGAUCCCACCUCCGAAUACUGGCUUGGCCUCGAGGCCAUGCACCGCAUCACCUCAGACAACUGCUCUUCCAUGAGGAUCGAUAUGACCGACAUCUACGGUGGCAAAUGGUUCGCUGAGUACGAACAUUUCUCGGUGGGCAGCGCUGAUUACGGUUACAUUUUGGAAGUGAGCGGUUUCAAAGGAAACGCCAGUGACGCUUUCGAGUAUCAAAAUCACAUGGAGUUCUCGGCCAUCGACCGCGACCGCGACAUCUCGAACACGCACUGCGCGGGCAACUACGAGGGUGGGUGGUGGUUCUCGCACUGCCAGCACGUGAAUAUCAACGGCAAGUACACGCUGGGUCUCACCUGGUUCGACUCCGACCGCAACGAAUGGAUCGCCGUGGAGAACAGCGAGAUGCGUGUGUUCCGCCGUGCCGACUGCACCUAAGCAGCGAACUUCCCAACAGCCUGCAUCUCCCACGUCAUCCCGCGCCACCUCGCGCCUUCUCGCGUCUUCACAUGCCACUGCGCGCCACCUUGCGCCUCCCGCCCCAACCCGCGCUCCCCGCGCUGUCCCGCAUUCAUGUAUCAAUGGAAUUAGUCGUCACAUUGAUUGCCCAUCCUGUAGCGAAUUAAUCCUUAACAUGAUUUAAUCAUACCAAAGAAUUCACUAGUAGGUGAUAGUAUUUAUAAUUGUUUAGUGGAUCGACAGCAAGUACGCAGUCGAUCGUAGUUUAGUCGUAAGUAUGUAUGUAUUUUUGGUGACAAUAGGUACUACUGCAGUUUACUAAUUUCACUCUUGAUUAUUACUACUUCUACUUUUCUAUUUUUUGUAUUAUAAUUAUUUAUGUAGGUAAGUAUGUUUCUUUUGUUAUUACAAUUAUUUCACAUCAGCGUAAGUAGUCAAAGGAUACAUAAUAACAAAAUGUAUUAGUAACGAACGUAUUUUGUAAAGCAUUGUAAAUGCGUAUUAAACGGAACUCCUGUGUUCCAUAAUUUGUAAAAUUUGAAAGAAUGAAAAACUACAUUCCAGUUCACAGAACUGCCUUUACGGCAUACCUAACUAUUUUAUUUUGUAAGUUCUGUACAUAUAAUAUUAACUUUAUCGUGGUAUAAACCACUACGUAGAUAUAAUUUCUUAUUAAAAUUAUAAUUAGAAAAACAAAAUAUAAAAGACUGUUCGCGCCAAGUGUUAUCGAAGGACAAGUAGGUUAACAUAAUAGGAAAAGGUAAUCGGGAGAGACUGGAAGUAAUAUAUCUGAGAGAUUUAAUAAUACAUACCUAAUGUGAGUAAAUUCAAAUUCAAACAUUAAAUAGAGACGCUUAGGUACAUCUACUGGGUUAACACUUUUAAAUUGUAAAGCAAACAUAUUUAAACGAGUAUAAACAUUUGAAAGGCGCUGAUUGAAACAAUAAUUUGCCCUUAUAUCGAGAAUUCUAAAACAAAUGUAACUAUGAAAUAUCGUAUUUAUAAACAUCUAUCUCCUCUUCAAGAGGCGGUCAAUGCAUUGUCAACAUUAACUUUUAAAACACAAGUAGGUACAUUUUAUACAAACAAUUAGUAUGUCAACAACUAUGAUUUCCUUUUAUUAUUAUUAUAGUUUUACUACAGUUUCUUUUGUGAUC